AUCUCGCAAGGCCGCCGUGCCUGCAGGUGAACUGAUCGAGAGGGGCCAGAGCUGAAGACACGGUGAUCCAACAGCAAGCACGCUGGGAUGUGUUGCUGUCACUGUGUCUCUGGAAGUUUUUCAUGCUCGUGGAGAACCCCCUGAAGAAAUGGACUUGGAUCAACUGGACCUAAACCCCAGAAUUACUGCUGCAAUUAAGAAGGGUAGACUGAAGUCCGUGAAGGAGGUCCUGUGCUACUCCGGCCCAGACUUGCAGAGGCUCACCGGCCUGCCCACGCACGACGUGCACCGCCUGCUGAAAGUGGCCUCUCUACACCUUCAAGGCAGCCGUGUCCUUACAGCGCUGCAGCUGUUCCAGCAGAGGGAGAGCUUCCCCGAGCAGCAUCAACGCCUGAGCCUGGGCUGCCCGGUCCUGGAUCAGUUCCUGGGUGGCGGCCUGCCCCUGGAGGGCAUCACUGACCUAGCUGGCCGAAGCUCGGCAGGGAAGACGCAGCUGGCGCUACAGCUCUGUCUGACCGUGCAGUUCCCACGACAAUAUGGAGGCCUGGAGGCUGGGGCCAUCUACAUCUGCACAGAGGAUGUCUUUCCCAGCAAGCGGCUGUGGCAGCUCAUUGAACAGCAGCAGCAGCUGCGGACAGAUGUGCCAGAGGAGGUGGUCCAGAAGAUAAAGUUCAGCAACCACAUCUUCGUUGAACAUGCAGCCGACGUGGAUGCCUUGUUGGAGUGUGUGAGUAAGAGGGUCCCCGUUCUGCUGUCAAGGGGAAUGGCCCGUCUGGUGGUGGUCGACUCUGUUGCAGCCCCGUUUCGUUGUGAGUAUGAUGUUCAGGCCUUGGCCACCAGGGCCAAGCGCCUGCAGUCACUGGGGGCCAUGCUCCGAAGUCUGAGCAGCACCUUCCGGAGCCCCGUGCUGUGCAUCAACCAGGUAACAGAAAUGGUGGAAGAGUCUAUGCCCAGGCCACUGGGGGCCUGGGAUGAGCACCUCUCUCCAGCCCUUGGAAUCACCUGGGCCAACCAGCUCCUGAUGAGACUGAUGGUUGACCGGGUGCACGAGGAUGAUGCCACGAUGGGCUUGCCCAGAAGCCCAGCUCGGACCCUCCAAGUGCUCUUCGCCCCACACCUGCCCGUCUCCUCCUGUGGCUACACAGUCAGUGGGGAAGGCAUUCGAGGGAUACCAGGAACUGAGUCCCGCUAACAAUGGCGCCAGUGGAUUGCCUGACCAGGUCCCAAGAAACCCUGAUUCUGAAGAGUCCUUCCAACAGUGUUAGUGGCACCUGGUGAACAAAUACCCAGUGACACUUAGCAUCUGCUCUCCUCUCCCUGGGGUUCACCUACUAUUGAUCCGUAGUUUUGCCCCACAUACUGCCCUUCAGAGCAGUGGUUCCCAAGCUGUAGGUCAGUACCCCUUUGGGGGUCAGACAUUCACAGGAGUUGCUUAAGACCAUUGGAAAACACAGAUGUUUGCAUUAUGAUUCACAACUAUCAA